AUCGUUCGCCGGUAAGUAAGAAGAUCUUAAUUUCGCUGUAAGCGGUAGUAACUACUGAAAUACACAACGAAAAUAAAUACAAGAAGAUUGCGGCGGCGCCGGCAUCAGCAGCGGAAGUGGAGGCUGGUUGAGCCUCUGCGAGCAAAAGGAGAGGUUAUCACGCGAGGCCCGUGUGUAACAGUGAUUGAUCUCCGUAAACAGGUGCAUCUCGAUUGAGCGUUGAUUAGUCGGCAUUUAUUAGGGAGUAACGCGCGUCGAAUGUGAUUCACGUACGCGGUACGAUGACCGGAAUUAUUUCACCGAGUAGAUAGUACCGAGCGGUACUUAAUUGGUACAAAAACAAGUAGCUUAGUGUAUGGGUGUGUAUGGAUGGUUAUUAACAACGUUGUGAAAGGCGAAUAUUAAAAGAAAAAUCAAAAGAUAGAAGAAAAAAAGGAAAAAAAUCCAAAAAUCAAAACAACAAAUAAGUAACAAAACAACAACGACAGGUAAACAAACACGCAUGCAAGUAGUGAGUUGAAACAAAAUCAAGCUACAAAAAUUCUACAGCAAUAGAGCAAUAAGAAUAAUGAGUGUUUACAACAACGCCGAGGGUGCGGACAACUGGGCAGAAUUUUGUGACAGGCACGCCCGAGCGGCGGCGUCUGAUUUUGCGAAGGCAUUCUGCACGUACGUUAAUCUUAACCUUCCGGAAAGCGCGAGGGCAACCCUAUCGCAUCGCGAUUUUCUGCGAAAAUUUGUCGACACAUUUUGCGAGCAUUUUGAGACGGAAUUUUUGCGCCGUAGCACGAGGUCACCCUCCUAUGACACGCGACUCCACAACCAGGCUUCCGGCAACGACGUCGACGCGAACCCUCCGAAUAAUCAAAACAACACUAGACCGCCGGUCCGGGCCUCGUCGAACGAAGAGUUCAGCGAUUACUCUGAACAGGAUGGCGAACCGGUCUCACCGAAGCCGGUGCAUAAGCCGUUCUUCCGACGUCUGUCUUUCAAGGGUCUCAAAAAGGGCAAAGGAUUCUUCCACAAGCAACAGAGCGACGAGGUCGAGUUAUCUCACAGCGAGCACAGAAGGGACAAACACUCCAAGGCGAAGCUGUCCAAGAUUGUCGUCGAGUGCAGGAAGGAGGGAAUCGUCAAUUGCCUAAUAGGUGAAAACAUAGACGGAACCCAAAAGUGGGAGAAGUGUCGACUCGCCCUUGUCAAGGCCAUUGGUGGUUACAUGCUCGAAUUCUACUCACCACCAAAGGCCUUCAAGCCGAGAAGCGGCGUGUUUUGCUUCAGGAUAACAGAGGCGAGGGAAACUACUGCUCUGGAAAUGCCGGACCAUGAAAAUACCUUCGUUCUCAAGGCUGAACAGAACUUAGAAUUCGUUAUUGAGGCUCACGAUUCUAACGACAUGCGAUCUUGGCUUGCUACUAUCAAGUACUGCAUGAGAUCUGCACCUACUACUUCCAACGCCACAGGCUCUACACCUGGCGAUCCCGCCGCUAAUUCUGUUGCUCAUAGUUCUAACUCCGACGGGGAAAGGGUCAGGGCUAAUUCGGCGAGUAAAAAUACAAGAACGAUCCAGGAUCAUCACAGUCUUGAAGAGCAGGGAAACCCCCCUGAGUUACCUCCACGGCUCAGACUCAGUAGCAACAGUAAUUUGGACCUACUUUAUCCCUCGCAUCAAGAAAUGGAGGAAUUAUCUGGUAACGACGGAGAUUUAGACUUGUCGACCAGCUUACGUGAAUAUCGGUGGUUUCACGGAACAUUACCCAGAUCAGACGCAGCACAACUGGUCCUUCACAGCGCAGCUAACGGGCAUGGAGUAUUCCUAGUCCGGCAAAGUGAGACCAGGAAAGGGGAAUUCGUUCUGACGUUCAACUUUCAAGGAAGAGCAAAGCACCUACGAAUGACGUUGAACGAUCAAGGACAAUGUCGAGUUCAACACCUCUGGUUCCCAGCAAUCCAUGACAUGCUGGAACACUUUCGACAAAAUCCCAUCCCUCUGGAAUCUGGAGGUACAGCGGACGUGACAUUAACAGAAUAUGUGGUGGCUAAUCCUGCCAGCCGGCCUACGCAUCACGUGACAACUGGAGCUAGCAGCCAACAGCCUCAGGAACGAAGGCCGGCAACAGCCCCAGAGCCCAGAGAAGUGCAGACUCACGGUGGACCAAUAAGAACUCGCGCCGAGUCACUGGAACGUUUAGAACAACAAAAUAUCGCAGAACAACAGCUGCAAGUGACAGGCUCGGGAUCGUCAGGUGGCAGAGCAGUGCAAAAUACAUAUAGCUUUCUUUGACGCUGGCUCUGGAGCAACAUAUUAUCAGGAUAUCAUCCGGUUAGCCCAUCUGACUAAUAAUGUUCUAUAUUCACCUAUUUAAUGUAAAUAGAAAAUCUCUUCAACACGAUUCAGUUGAUGAUAAAUUUCAUUUUAGAAGUUUGUGCUGAUUUAUGGUCGACGUCACAUGGAAUUUUAGGGUGUAUACGCAGCGGAAAAACGGGAAUACCGGGGAAAAACCGGGAAUUUUUCUUACCGGAAAAAACACGGCAAUUUUCUGGUAAUCCGUGAUGAUAACAUAAACUUUGCACAAUUAGUGCACAAUUCAUACUUUUUGGGGAACAUAUUUUCCCGUUUUACUUACUUGACAUUGUAUAAUAGUAUCGUACGUCUAAUGAUACAAGAACGUAUGCAGCAAAAAGGCGAUUUCGAUGAUGAAAGGGCGUAUAAUUUUUUCUUUUUACGAAAUUCGCUUUAAAGGUACUCACAACGUAUAUCUACAUUAAAAUUUUCCGAAAAAAUGAUUAAAGGUAAAAGGCCUUAUGGUUGAUGGAUCCACGCUUUCCGCACCAAAGUAUAUUUUCAUUUAUCACAUUUAUAAAUGAUAUCAGGUUGCAUCCGCCAUUAUUGUGUUUUUUUCGUGAUCAACGCAAAAACCUCUGAUGAAGUUGCGAGGAUGAUAAGUAUUUUGAAAAGAAAUUUAAAAUUUCGUCUGUCAAAAAAUAAUAUCGGACGUAACGGUACAUCCGCCAAUUUUUUUUCUCGCGCA